AUGCACAGUGAUAUACAUUCAAUCAAUAGAAAUUUUCUCUCCAUUCUAUUGCUUUUUUUUACGGUUUUUCAUAUUUCGUUCGCUGGUAGUAUCACCCCGCAAGCAUGCGUUAUUUCAAGAAAACUUCAGCCGGGUGUUACUGUCCAAUUCUACGAAUAUCCACUUGAUGAUAUUGUGAGUUACAAUGAUCCAGACUUCGCUUCCAGUGGUUAUCGGAAAUUUCAUUAUGUUGGUGAAAUAAAAGGUGUCGAGAAUCUUAACUGGGAUUCUGGUUGGCCUGUAUCUGUGCCCCCAUAUGGUUAUACGGGAGUUCCUAUUACACACUUUAUGAUGGUGAUCACUGGUUACUUUAUUGCCCCAAUGAGUGGUGUUUAUACUAUUUCCCUAGGAGUGGAUGAUUAUGUCACUUUUUUCUUUGGUGCUGGUGCGGCAUUUGAUUGCUGUAAUCAAACAGAGUCCUUCUCCUCCGAUGAUGCUAUGCUCACACUUACUUCGAGUAAAAGUGGUCAGUUAGGAACGGCUGCUCAUCAGGUGUAUAUGGAGGCUGGGUAUUCCUAUCCAUUUAAAGCUAUCUAUAUUAACGUGAAACAAAGAGGUAUCCUUGAAAUGGCUGUCCAUCUACCUGAUAGUACUGUUGUUACUGAUGUUGGUAGCACUAUAUUCUCGUAUGCAGAUGAUGAUGAUCAGGGAGAGCUUUGUUCCGCAGUUACCAUUAGUCAUCCUUUUACAACCGUUUACAAUACUCAGUAUUCCACAUCUGUUCAAUCUUAUAUUGCAGGUUUGACUGCACCAACCACUCUUUCUGUUAUCACUACGACAUCCUGGCAGAAUGAUGAUAAUGCAAACGUAAAAAUCAUUCCGGUUGUUAAUAUGCCAAUGGCAACAACAUUUGUUACAUACUACGGAUUUCCAGUGAGUACCUACACUGAAGUGGUAGAUGUCUUUAAGAACAACGGUGUUACAUCUCAGGAAUUAGCUGUGAUAUUUUAUACUCCAUAUCCAACCACUUUAUACACUACUAUUACUUCAGAUAUCACAGUUCCAACUACAACUAGCUAUACUGUUGUAGUCUAUAACCAGGACGAGUAUGGUAAUACUGCAAUGUUUGAUGAGGUUGUUGUGGAAGUGAUCACCCCAUCUCCAUCUACUUCCUACACUACUACCACAGGUCCAGUUUCUGUUCCAAUCACAACCACCUACACAACCACUGUCACUGAUAACAAUGGCUCUUCAUCUCCAGAGGUUGUUAUUGUAGUGGUUACUCCAUCUCCAUCUACCACCUACACUACAACUACUGCAGAUAUUUCUGCUCCAACAACAUCUACUUACACUACUACAGUCGUUGACACCAAUGGCUCUUCAUCUCCAGAAGUUGUUGUUGUAGUGAUUACACCUUCUCCAAGUGGUCCAACUAUCUAUAAUAUCACUAAAGGUCCAGUCUCUGCCCCAACCACAACCACAUACACCACUACUGUUACUGAUAGCAAUGGCUCUUCAUCUCCAGAAGUUGUUGUUGUUGUGAUUACUCCAUCUCCAUCUACCACCUACACCACUACUACUGCAGAUAUUUCUGCUCCAACUACAACCACCUACAUAACCACUAUUACUGACAGCAAUGGCUCUUCGUCCCCAGAGGUUGUUGUUGUUGUGAUCACUCCAGCCCCAUCUACCUUCUAUACGACCACUACUGGUGAUGUCUCUGCCUUGACCACAUCUACCUUCACCACCACUGUUACUGAUAGCAAUGGCUCUUCCUCUCCAGAGGUUGUUGUUGUUGUAAUCACCCCAUCUCCAAGUGGCCCAACUAUCUACACCACUACUACUGCGGAUGUUUCUGCUCCAAUCACAUCUACCUUCACCACCACUAUUACUAACAGCAACGGCUCUUCCUCUACUGAAGUUGUUGUUGUCGUGAUCACCCCAGCUCCAUCUACCUUAUCCACUACUACAACUGGUGCAGUCACUGUUCCAACCACAUCGACCUUCACAACUGUAGUCACCAACAGCAACGGUUCCUCCUCUACUGAAGUUGUUGUUGUCGUGAUCACCCCAGCUCCAUCUACCUUAUCUACCACCACCACUGGUGCAGUCACAGUUUCAACUACAUCCACUUACACAACUGUAGUCACAGACAGCAACGGCUCUUCCUCUACUGAGGUUGUUGUUGUUGUGAUCACUCCAGCUCCAUCUACCUUAUCCACUACUACCACUGGUGUAGUCACUGUCCCAAUCACAUCUACCUACACAACUGUAGUCACUGACAGUAAUGGCUCUUCCUCUACUGAAGUUGUUGUUGUUAUAAUCACACCAUCUCCAUUUAGUAGCUUUAUGACAUCACCAAUUUCUGUACCAUCUCCUCUCUAUGGAAACUCCACUAUAUCUGGUGAAAAGAUUGAAUCUACUUUGAGUGGCACUCUAGUUGUUCUGACUACGGUUGUUAAUGGAGUUACUAUGACUACAACUUAUUGUCCAGAACCAUCUGCAACUUCUGAAACAAGUAUGACUGCUAUCAUUGGACAUAGUUCUAUUGAAUCUGUUUAUUCAAAGAACCAACAAGAAGAGACCAACUCACUUUCUGCUGCUUCCAACGCAACUCCAGUUAUUUCUGUUACUUCUACCACCCCUGGUCCAGCAUUUACCAAUGGUAAAAAUCACCCAACAUCUAGAAACUCUAGAACAUCUACCACUGUAAUCGGUAAUAAUGAGUCUAGAAGAUCAGAAACAUCGAUGCCUUCAAUGGUGCCGCAAGUUUCCCAAUAUAUUCCUGAGAAAUUAUCCUCAUCAUCGACUGCUGUUACAAUACCUCAUGGGGGUAUACCUUCUCUUGUAUCAUAUGAAGGUAAAGGUAGCACCAUGUAUAUGAUGAAGUGGAGUGUUGCCCAUUGCAUUGGUUUAUUAUUAUUCAUGGUAAUUUAA